AUGAUAACAUUCUCAGCCUCAUCCAGACUACAGGUUAAAGUUGCUGAUACACUUUGGAUGUAUAUUGAUGAUCGUUUGGUGUUUGAUAAUGGAGGGUUGACGGGCCGAUCAGAUCUAAGUGCACCUUUAAAUCCAAGUACAUUAUAUACAAUGGAUUACCAAUCCAAGAGUAUUCAAUAUUCCCAAAAUGAUGAGAUAAAAGAAGAAUCACAAUUACCCGACUUCAAAGAGGACUAUCCAUAUAAGUUGUUUAUGUUCCAUUGUGAACAGACCAGAGGUGAUGAUUCAUUCUCAAUAUCAAUCAAGGAUACCAAGUUAUCAUGUCCAUUGUAUGAUUACUGUGGUGUUUGUCUUGGUAAUGGAUCUACUUGUUGCUCACCUACAAGUUGUACGGAUGAAGAUCCAUGUACUGUAGACUCAUGUCCUUUGGUUGUACCUGGAAUGGACAAUCACAUCAACACUACCAACUAUCUAAAAUACUGUGUACAUGUACCAUUGACCCCAACGUUUGAACCCAAUACGACAUGUCAACACCUAUAUUGUCAACCAGACUCAAAGGGCAACCCAGUAUUCAUCGUAAAUGAGACCUGUCUCCCAGUGUCCAAGUGUAGUAUCCCAUUCUGUGAUAAGGAGCUAGGUUGUAUAUAUCGUACAAUGUCAUGUCCCCAGCCAUCAGAUCAAUGUCUUCAAAGUUAUUGUGAUGAGACAACUGGUCAGUGUCAAGUUAGAAACUCCUCACCAUACCCUUUUGGAUGUCAGAAGGGUGCAAUCAUUGGAUUGGCACUUGGUCUCGCAGCAUUGAUUGCACUGAUAGGUGCUGGCGUGGCAUUAUUAUUCAAGACCAAAUCAUUCACAUCUGUAUUGAAAUGUGAUAAUCCAUUAUAUGAAUAA